CAUAUUUGGCUUUUACACAUUCACACACGCAGAGCGGGGGGAGGGAGAGGGGCAUUGAGCAAGUGAGCUAGUAGCUGUACUGCUGCAGACGUCGGUCUACUCUACUCACUAGUGGAGGGGAGACAGUUCCACCGUCAGUGCUGGAAAAAGGAGCCCUGGCAACAAGCGAAGGCACUGCCUUCUCACACCAUUACACCGUACAGUGCUCGUAAACGCUUUGUAGGAACAAGCGCGUUUCGUGUCGAAACCUCGCGCUGGCAGCUCGGAAGAAGAAGCUGGAUCGGGAAUGGUGACAGCGCCCGGAGACAGACAGGCGUGGACAGACAGUGCGGAAAUCUCAUACGGGCCUCUCAGACUGCUGGCGGAAGGAUCUGGAACGGGCCGGCGGCUGUGACACAGACCGGAACCUUGUCCUCGGCUGAACCGGAGUCCCACAAGCAUCCGAGGCCUGCCUUGCUCCCGAGUCUCAGGCGGGGUUCGGGCCGUGGGACGCAAAGCGGCUCGCCGGGACUCUGAUGGGCAGCGGCGCGCGCCGCGACUGAGGCGGAGACCCACGGAACGGAGAGGAGCGGAGCGGGGCGGCCGUCGUUCGACCGCGCGGACGCGAAGCGCGCCGCGGGGCUCCUGCAUGGGACCGCAUGCGCUGUCACUGGUUCCCGCAGCGGUCCUGGAGGUUCGUGCUCGGAGGGAGAUGAUUCCCCAUGACGACCGCAGAUCACCUUCAGACAGCAGGCGUGACCUCCCGAGCUUUGGGCUGAGCCCCGCGCCCCCCCGGCGCUGAACGCCAGACAGACCGCCCCCCGCCCCCCCCCCCUCCCCCCCUCCCCGAGCCAGCGAGCCCAGCGGGUGGGCGGGCACCGCCAUCGAGCGCGAGACAGACACAGACACCAGAGAGAACCAGCGAGAGCGGGAGAGAGAGAGAGAGAGAGAGGGAGUAAGGGAACCGGCCGCGGAGGAAGAGCCGAGGACGGACGGGCGCGAGCAGAGCCGGAGGAUGAAGUCGAACCAGGAGCGCAGCAACGAGUGCCUGCCGCCGAAGAAGCGGGAGAUCCCGGCGAGCGACCGGCCCGCUGAGGAGAAGCCGCAGGCCGCGGGGCCCGCCAGCGAGAGCCAGCGCGGGGAGAACCUGGCUUGGCUCGCCAGCGUGGCCGGCGGGCACGACGGCAGCGGCGGGCAGCAGCACGCGGGCACGCCUCCCGGGUCCGACGGAGCCCACUACAAGCCCUCGACCGAGUACUCCGCCCCCUCCUCCUCGUCCUCCUCCUCCUCCCCCUCGUUUUCCCGGACGGUGGUGACGUGCCUCCCCCCCACGGCCUACACCUCGGCCCUCUCGCAGCCCGGCGGGACCAUCCAGUACACCCAUCUCCCGCCCAACCUGCACUUCAUCAACUCUGCGUACGCGGGGCCGUACGCCGGCUACAUCUCCCCCCAGCUCGCCCCCCCGGCCUCCGCCUCCGCCCCGCCCGCGCGCCCCCGCCACGAGGCCUACGCGCAGGCGUCCGCCAAGGCUGAGCAGCGGGCGCAGCUGGUCCGCUCGCCGGCGUCGGCGGCGUCGGAGGGGGCGCCCCAGUACGUCCACGUGACCGGCUCCUCCCACCUGAGCAUGACGUCGUCGCAGGCGGCGUCCUCGCACCACGCCCACCUCCCCCUGCACCUCCACCCCCACACGGCCCUCCUCUCGCAGGGCCUGGCGCUGGGCGGGGCCUCGCAGCUCCUGCUCCACUACUCGCCUCAGGACAGGCCGACCAAAAAGGAGGAGGGGCGGAGCCGGGAGGCGCUGAACGGGGAGCUGGAGGCGGGCCGGCACUACGGCCUGUCGCCGGAGAGCAUUCUGGGAAAGCAGAGCGCCGGGGCCAAGGCGGGGUCCAGCCAGCACCCCCAGCACCACCACCAUCACCACCACCAGCAGCACCAACAGCAGCACCAACAGCAGCACCAACAGCAGCAGCAGCAGCAGCAGCAGCAGCAGCAUCACCACUACGAGGCCCGGCAAGUCCUGAUCCCCUCCGACCACGCACAGGAACCCUCAGGGCUCCGAACUCCUCUGAUGCUGGUGUCCAACAGCCACGGCGACCCGCGCGGCAGCCCGGACAAGCCGCCGCCCUCCGGCGACAAGGGCGGGAUCUGCCUGGGCAGGCCCGCCUCCCGGGCCUCGCCCUUCGCCUUCCCCGCCCCCCAGCCGUGCGUGACGGUCGCCGCCCUCUCCCCGCACAGCGUCAUCCAGACCACUCACAGCGCGACCGAGCAGGUCUCCAACAGCUUCUACCCGCCCUCCGCCCAGCCCCCCAUCAUCGGCUACAUCGCGGGCGGGCAGCAGGCGCCGGUGGGCUACCCCGCCGGCCUGGCGCCGCAGCUGGUCAUCCCCGGCGGCCAGCCGAUGAUCAUCCCCAUGAGCGACUCCGCCCACACCACCGCCGCCGCCGCCACCCAGCAGCUGGUCACCGCCGCCGUGGCCAAAUGCGAGCCCUUCCAGGGGGCGGGGCCGUACCACGCGGCCGCCGUGGUGCAGGCGCAGCUCCACCUGCCCGCCGGCGCCCUGGCCACGCCCACGCCCCCGCCCCCCUCCACCCCGUCGCUGCCCCCCUACUUCAUGAAGGGCUCCAUCAUCCAGCUGGCGGACGGGGAGCUGAAGCGGGUGGAGGACCUGCGGACGGAGGACUUCCUGCAGAGCGCCGAGAUCAGCGGCGAGCUGAAGAUCGACUCCAGCACGGUGGAGCGCAUCGACGGAAGCCCCACGCCCAACUUCGCCAUCGUCCAGUUCGCCGUCGGGGAGCACCGAGCACAGGUUAGCGUGGAGGUGCAGGUGGAGUACCCCUUCUUCGUUUUCGGGAAGGGCUGGUCGUCCUGCUGCCCGGACAGGACCACCCAGCUGUUCGAGCUGGCCUGCUCCAAGCUGUCGGUGGGCGACGUCUGCAUCUCGCUCACCCUCAAGAGCCUGAGGAACGGCUCCAAGAAGGCCCAGACCCUGGACGCCGUGGCGGGGAACGGCGGGCUCCUCCUGAAGCCCCCGAAAGGCCGGGGGGGACACCACGGGGAGCAGGAGAACGGGCUGGGCCGACGGGCGGGGCCCAGGGGGGGCGGGGGAGGGGUCGGGGGCGGCGCGCAGGCUGAGAACGGGGAACUGAGCCUCGGGGAGAAGGCCCCGCCCCCCAAGGCGGAGGCCGGCAGCGCGGGCAGGCCGGCGGGCCGCAAGCGGAGGUGGUCGGCCCCGGAGAGCCGCAAGGUGGAGAAGGUGGACGAGGAGCCCCCCUUGACUCUGCCCAAGCCCUCCUUCCUCCCCCAGGAGGUUAAGAUUUGCAUCGAAGGCAGGUCCAGCAUAGGCAAGUGAAGACCAGGACUUUACAUUACGGGGAUUUAAAAAAAAUAAUUGAAUGACAAACAGCCCUCGCAAGGUUUAUUUUCUUUUUUUAAUUUUGUUUUUAAAUGUUUUUUUUUUGUUUUCAAUACAGAUUACUGUACUGUAGGCUAAUAUUACCCAGUAUUGUCAUGUUAUCACCUUACUUUAGAGGGACAGGUAUAUAUCAGUAAGCAUAGGGAGCCAGAGCACUGCUUGACUCUACCGGGUGAUGUAACAGAAGGGGGUGUGGUUUCUGUCUCUGAGUCCCGUAUAAAGGUAGGGGGCUGGGAAAAAAAACCGUCACACGCGUGGGUUCAGGGAGCUGAAGAAAGGAGGAGCAAGCAAGAAGGCGGCCUAAAAAGGAGCAGAUCCCAAAUGUCGCAGAGAGACGCCGGUAGAGGUUGCGUCAGUCACCCGCACGGUCACGUGACCGCGUACGGACAGGGAGCGCGUCCUCUCGCCCCGCCUCCACCGCAAACAUCGGAAAGUCCCCCGGGGCGGUUCUGUUUGGCUGGGGCGGGACCUGCUCCUCCGCUGCUCGUUUCCACAGCAGCGGGGCCGCAGGGUGGAGGGGGGCAGGGAGGGAGGGUGGGGCGAUGUGGUGUCAGCCGUCCCACGUGCGUGUUUUUCUUUUCGAUCAGGUGUUAGUGGUUCCUCUUUCGUUAUGUCUUAUAGAGGGCGUAGCUGUUGACAGGCCUAGAGACUCGGACCCGCGCGGUCCACGGCUCGCGCACACCGCUCUGGUUUAAAGAUUUAAAAACGCGGCUGGAAGAAUGUAGGUCUCCGUAGCACGCACGGGUGAGCCCAGUCUGACCGGACCGCCGCGCGCUAACGAGCGCUAACGAACGCUAACGUGCUGGUGUGAGUUUGGCGCGGGCGGCGCGCAGAGAAGUGUUUCCAGCGGGAGGGGAUCACGCGCGAUCCCGCUAGCGCGCGGGGCGGCCUAGCGUCGGAGGCAGAAAGUCACUUUAAAGGGAAAUUAAGACCCGAUGUGAUUGUUAUCGAUGAUCUUUUAGGUGCAAUAUGUUUACAUUACUUUUUUUCGUUAACGUGCUAAGACUGACCACUGACCCCCCCGGUUCAGUGCACUUUGCCUCUUUGUCAGAGACGGGGUGUUGGUGCCGGCACACUUUGUGGAGAAAUUUGUACAGAGAGAGCGAAUCGGAAUAUGUCGGAGGUGUUCAGAGUUUGGUUAGAUUGAGGCGUAGGGCUGCACCGUUACCCUCCAGACUUGCAAUUGAAACUGCAGCCAGCGGAAUGAGAAAGAAAAUGACUGCUGGACAGGAGAAAGAAAAGUAGCUUUGGAGUGGAAGGCUUUUGAAAACUGUCACCAUGUGAACAGGCAGCACAUUAAAUGCCCCCCCCCCCCCUUCCUCAAGGGUAGGAAUGAAAGGGGGACCAUAGGGGAAACAGAACUCGCUUUCCCAGUUUCUCCCUUUCAUUCAAAUAGUCGCCAUUUCGGGGGGAACAAAAUAGGAUAUGACAAAUUCUUGAUUAGAAAUGGAAAAGUAUUUUUCACUAUAUGUCAUGUUAUAUAUUCAAAAUACCCUUUAUUGCAGCUUUCAUGGAUGUAAACGUGAGCUCGAUUAGUGGGGUAUGCUCAAACACAACAGAAUUGCUUGUCUGAAAGUGCAAUAGAGGCUAUAUAUUUGAAAAUAUGAUGUAUUUCAGCACAGAUGAAAAAUAUAAUUGUAGCACUGUUUUGUAAGAGUAGGACUUUUUUCUUUGUUGGCAUAGCUCAAGGAGUUCACCUACAAAUACCAGCCUAACAACGCGGUGUACACAUGUACUGAUGGUGGCAACUGGUUGGCAGUUUUCCUGUGAGGAAAACAAGCGUCACAGUAAAACACACUAACGAUGAUGUCACGCUCUUAUUGUUACCUGUUUCCUUGUGGUGAAAUGUGUGAGCCAUUAUCCUGUGUGGUACUUGGCUUCCAGACACGUCAGCUGAUGUUGUGAUGUCAUUAAGCAGUGCCAGUCAUCCCUGUAAAAAGGGAGGGAACUGUUUUUUUAGUAGGUGGACCUGCUUCGCAUAUUUAUCUCUAGUGCAUUUUAAAACUGUAUUUGUUGUAUUUGUUAGCAUUUUAUUGGUUUCUUUCUCUUUCCUUGUAGUUUUUUUUCUGAGUAUCUUAAUUAAUGGGUAAAUCAUGGUGUGAGGAAUGUCUGAUCCUUGAGGUCAGGGGUCACCUGCAGUUACCAAUGACUGGGUGGAAUAUUGAUAUACAGGAGUAUGUAUAUAUACGCAUACACAGACACACACACACACACACACGCGUGCAAGCACGCACACACACACACACACACACAUGCACACACACUGGGUUGAUGUCUUUAGCAUGACAGGAGCGAGAGAGUAGAACAAGACUAAAUACAGUUCC